AUGAAGCUGUUCCUGAUCGGUGUUAUUAUUUGGGUUCUUUUGGUGUCAUCUGAGAGCUCAGAACAUGGAGUCUGUGGAAACAGACCCCUAGCGGAGGAUUUCCGUGGCUCCCGCGUGGUGGGGGGAAAGGAUGCGGAGCCCGGUAACUGGCCCUGGGCAGUGAGCAUCCAGGAGGACGUUGACAACGAGUAUUUUCAUUUAUGCGGCGGCGUUGUACUCAAUAAUUUGUGGGUUCUCACAGCUGCCCAUUGUUUCAAAGAUCGCGGCAAUGACUAUCAUACCUGGAGACUUGUGUUUGGCGCCAACCAACUUUCAGACAUGGGGACAAAGGCUCAGAUCCGAGCUAUAAAUGAAAAGAUUCAACACGAGAACUACAACCCGGAAACGGAGAGUAAUGACAUCACCUUGCUCAGGCUGAAUAAGCCUCUGAUAUUCGAUGACUACACUCAGCCAGCGUGUCUCCCGGCCAAACAAGCCAUUCUGGACAAAAUGGACGAAUGCUACAUCGCAGGCUGGGGCGUCCUUAAAGAAGCCUCCACUGAAACAUCGGACGUCCUCCAGGAAGCUCCUGUGAAUUUAAUUCCAGUGGAACGCUGCAACCGUCCAACCUGGUACAAUGGAGCUUUGGGUGACUACAACUUGUGUGCCGGAUAUGAACAGGGUGGUAUCGACAGUUGCCAGGGUGACAGUGGAGGACCUCUGAUGUGCAAAAAAAGCAAAGCUAAGUUCUUCACCGUGGUUGGCAUAACCAGCUGGGGCUCCGGCUGUGGCCAGAAGCAAAACCCUGGAGUUUACACCUCUACCCAGUAUUACCUCGAGUGGAUCUCUAAACAUAUGUCCGAGGACAAGAAGCCUGCAUCCAAACCUUUGAAGAUGAAGGCUGCGAAAAAAAUCUGGCCUAAAUUAGCUGAGAAAAUCAGCAAAGCUGGCAAGAAAGACCAUUAAUUUUUGGGUGCUCUGGAAGUAGAAGAAUCAAAUCUGAACCAUCUCUUCACCAGAGGAUUAUUAUUACAUGUCAGCAAUGUGUAGAUUAGAAUGAUAAGAUUAAUAAAUAGAAAUGCAUGAAUAAGCCGUGUACUUGUGAUGAACAUGGAAUGUUGUGGAU